ACUCUGAAUUCGACUUUAUUGGUGCAGUCUGCAAAAAUCUAAAGUUCAUUCAUUAAUUUACACAAUUUGAGCCGGUUAAACAUUCCAUAAAGUCAUUUAAAGUAUCAAAAUGCCAAAGGCAGUGUGUGUUCUUGCUGGAGAUGUUAAAGGAACAAUCUUCUUUCAACAAGCUACUGGAUCAAAUGAAGUUCAAGUGUCGGGAGAAAUUUCCGGCUUAAAACCAGGAUUACACGGCUUCCACGUUCACGAGUUUGGUGACAAUACAAAUGGAUGUAUGUCUGCUGGACCUCAUUUUAAUCCAUUUGGAAAGGAACACGCUGGACCUGAUGAUGCUGAUAGACAUGUUGGAGAUUUAGGAAAUGUUACAGCCGGCGAUGAUGGUGUUGCUAAAAUUGAUAUUAAGGAUAAAAUGAUUUCAUUGUCUGGUGAAUUGAGUAUUCUUGGUCGCACACUCGUAGUUCAUGCUGAUCCAGAUGAUCUCGGACGUGGUGGACACGAAUUGAGCAAAACAACUGGAAAUGCUGGUGGACGUUUAGCAUGUGGUGUCAUCGGAAUUUGUAAGGAAUAAGAAUCUUCAAUAAAAAAUUAUAAAUCGAUGAAUUACAAAUGAAAUUAAUCAUCGCCAAAAUUUAGGCUCGCCUACCAAAAACGUAUCCUUACCUUCUAAAAAUUUAAGACUUUCAAGAUUAUGAGAAAUUAUUGUUUACUGGGGAGAAUUAAUGGAAAUUGGAUCAAAUAAAGAGUCCAGGAAUUGAUUGGUUCAAAUUUAGUUUAUUUAAUUUCUUGAAUCAUAA